CGGGCCCGCGGUUGGCCCACCCUGCGGGCCGCGCGAUGACAAAGCACAAAGGGACUGCGUGCGACCACCAUCUGCUCGGCUUGCGCCAGGGUCAGCGGGCUUUAGGAGGGGGACGCGCCUGGCCCGGGCUCCGGACUACGGGCGAGACAACAGGGGCUCCUGACCUUUUUUGGCAUAUAUGUCACCAGUGCUAUCUAGAACGUAGAUGGACACUGAGGCUUAUCUCCUGAGAACGAAUGGCGUUUACCCAGACUCAAGGGGAGGAGUGGAGGGGCCCGCAGUCCAGGCGUCCGCGGAGUGGAGCCUUUCGAGAGUCACCGCAGCAACCCCCCUCCCAUAUUUUGGGAAGGCUGGGCGCUGGGCCCAUUAGCCAAGGUUGGACUGGUGUUUCCUGCGAAGUGAGGGACAGGUGAGGGGCGUGCCCUCUGCAGCAAAGGUGCAGCCCAUCAGGGACCCAGAGCGCCUGGGAGGAUGGUGCGGAUCUUGGCCAAUGGGGAAAUCGUGCAGGAUGACGACCCCCGAGUGAGGACCACUACCCAGCCACCAAGAGGUAGCACUCCUCGACAGAGCUUCCUCAACAGGGGCCAUGGUGCUCCCCCAGGAGGUCCUGGCCCCCGCCAGCAGCAGGCAGGUGCCAGGCUGGGUGCUGCUCAGUCCCCCUUCAAUGACCUCAACCGGCAGCUGGUGAACAUGGGCUUUCCGCAGUGGCAUCUCGGCAACCAUGCUGUGGAGCCGGUGACCUCCAUCCUGCUCCUCUUCCUGCUCAUGAUGCUUGGUGUUCGUGGCCUCCUCCUGGUGGGCCUUGUCUACCUGGUGUCCCACCUGAGUCAGCGGUGACCUCUGGGGGCUGAUGCGGGUGGGCCUGUUGAGAGGGACUUGCUGGGCCUUGGUGUGAGAGCAGGCAUAUUGGGAGGGGAUCUGGUGGUGCCUCGAAAGUGUGAUCAGAGAGGGGACCACAGGUGUGUGUAACCCCUUGUGGUAAGCAUGAGGCAGAGGGAGACGUUAGUCCAGCAUUUCCAAAGUGUGGGUAGAUCCCUUGGCUCCCCUGACAUAUUCUGAGGUGGAAUGGGGCUUGCAUUAAGUAGCACAAAAUCAGAGCAAGAACGUGAUGCCCUUCCCAGUUGUCUCAAUCCCUUUAUGCCGAGAAGAUCUCAGCUGGAUGCCAACAUGUUCCGAUGCCUGUGGAAGACUUGCCGACGUCUCCUCUGCCUAGGGAGCAGGACUUAGGCUUAGGGCAGGUGGGGAAAAUUCCAGACUUUUAUAGCACUGUUUUUGUUUUAAUGGUAUAUUUUUAUUGGCUACCUAUUGUUUAGGACAGGUGGUACUGGCAUUCUAUUUAUUGUGACAUUUUCAAUAAAUAGAUUUAAGUAAAAAUGA